GCGUACAUUCCGUUCAAUUUCUGAACGGAAAACCCGCGUUCAAUGAAUGCGAGGUUUCACAGUAAGGAGUAGAGAAGAGGAGAAGAGAGAUCGCCAGAGAUAGGAGGAAGAGAAGAGACUCGGACGCAAGGAAGAUUUCACGAUCAGGUAGAGGAGAAGAGAGAUCGUCAGAGACAGGAGGAAGAGAAGAGACGCAAGGAAGCAGAGGAGAAGGUGAUGCUGGAGAAAAAAGGAUAAGGAUGCAUUUAUUAGCCGGAUGGGAGAAGAGGUGAAAAAUAGUACCAUGAGGCUUGUUUGUGAGUCAGUGCUUGGCAGGAAGGUCGAUCUUCCGACGCAUACGGAUCCCAAAGAACAAGAGAUCACCAAGUUACGUCGUGAGCUGGAAGAGCUGAAGACGAAGAAUACUGGCGAUAACAUGCAAGAAGACGUCGAUCGGCUAAGGAAGGAGAAAAAAGUCUUGAUGAGGAGGCAGGAGCAGAAAAAACUAAAGCAAGAGAUUGCGGAGUUGAAGGCAAAGGGGAAGAAGAUCGAGGAAGGCAAGCCUUGGGAGGCGGGACUCGAUAGCCUUAGGAAGGAGGUGGAAAAACUACAUUCACUUCAGUCGCUACUGGAGAAGAAAAAUGAGGAACUGGUGGAGCUCAAACAUGCGAGUACCCAUCCGGAGAAGCGUUUCGAUGAUCUGUUGCAGGAUGUUCGCUCCAUUAAGAGCGCUGGCAAGCGGCCUAUGGAGACGGUCACCGAGAAGAGUCCGCCUACUGAGCCACCUAAGGACAAAGUUAGGGUGGACCCAACAACUACGACCAUGUACACUCCUAAAGACAUGGAGACAUUACGUAAAGCCUACAAGGAUGCGCUGGAAGGUAAGCAUAUGGCCCAGAGUGAAGCUGAGUUUUUCAAGCAGCGCCUUAUGAAGAAGCUGACCCCGGUCCCGAGAUCGAAGCGUCCCACGCUCACCAGAAGAACGACUCCGCGAAACCUCCGGAUGUCACUGAGCCGCAGUCUGAGCGAGGCGGAGGGCCAGAACCUGGAUUCUGGCGAAAAAGACGAGACGGGGGAAGGUGAUGAGCAGACCACCGCUUCAAAGGAUGUGGCGAUGUUGGAUCGGUUGGUUCAUAAACGAUGGAAGGAAUUGCGGAUAGCGAAGAAGGUCGAUCACAAGGCCUUAUGUGAGGAGGAAGUCAUCACGUAUAUAAAGAUUGACCAAGCACGCAUGGACAUAGCAGAGAUUCGAGCUCGGGGGGACUUUGAUCAUUUGAGGAAGGAUCCGAGAAUUGGACUCGAUGAAGAGGACCUAUGUGACACCUGCGGCCUAGGCCACGGGCAUUUCGGCCGCUGCGGCCGAAAAAGUCGGCCGCGGCCGCAGUCGAUGACGCCAAGUCCGCGACCUAUUUUUUUAAUAUCCCCCCCCCCACAAAAAAAAAAAACGUAAAAAAACAAAACAAAAAAUAUAGGGGUUU